GAAGGUCUCUGAGGCAGCUGGAAAGAGCCGGACAGCAGCCAACACACCACAGGCAUUGCACAGAAUGAGCUUUAAUUCUCACUAGCACCCUUUUCUGGACACGGUUUUGGAAGCCUUCCAACAACCUAACAUGUUUGUCGUGGCCUGUCACCUCUGUUUUCUGCAGUAACCGAAGGAAGAGGGGAGAAGCUGCUUCAUAGAAGGGGAACUACAGGCAGCAUCCAAGGGAAACUGUACAGGAAUCUAGUGGGAGAAAGAAGCCUGCAGCUGCACUGGGCUGGCACACCACACUCCCUGCUGCAUUUUGCUUCCUGACAACAGCGGCAAAACUGUCAGCUUAAACGCUGCUCAUCAGGAGCCCAGUCUCUCCUCAUAGAGCUUUGUUUCCAGUCCCCUGAUCAUCCUCAUUGCCCUCUGUGAUGUUCCUGCUUAUAGUGUAAAUAUGGGUAACCAUUUUGUGCUGAUGCUUUUCUCAAGGUAUGAGUACUGGCACCUCAUUGCAUAUAGGAUGCUGGUGGGAAGGUCAAGAAGACUUCUGAAUUGAGGCCUACUGAUCCUGACAGCUGUGCACUUGUGAAUCUUGAUCAUCUAGAAGAAGCAAGACUGAAGCCCAGACACCCAGACGGUGCAAGAGAUGGCUGAAGGAGAAAUAACAACAUUCAUAGCCCUGAAAGAAAAGUUUGAUCUCCCAAUGGGAAAUUACAAAAAGCCCAAACUCCUUUACUGCAGCAACGGAGGCCAUUUCUUGAGGAUACUUCCUGAUGGCAAAGUGGAUGGCACAAUGGAUCGAAAUGACAGAUACAGAGCGCAGGGCAGCAAACAACAAGCAAUACAACAUCAUAAAAACAAUUCCAUUAAAGAUGUAGAAUGGGAAAGAUCUCUACUUAAAGUUCAAUUGCUGCUAAGUGCAGAAAAUGUGGGUGAAGUGUAUAUAAAGAGUACUGAGUCUGGAGAGUACUUGGCUAUGGAUGCCAAUGGACGUUUAUAUGGCUCGCAGUUGCCAACGGAAGAGUGCUUGUUCCUGGAGAGGAUAGAAGAGAACCAUUACAAUACUUACACGUCAAAGAUGCACACAGAUAAGAAGUGGUUUGUCGGCUUGAAGAAGAAUGGAAAAAGCAAGCUGGGACCACGGACUCAUUAUGGUCAAAAGGCAAUACUUUUCCUUCCCCUGCCGGUUUCACCUGAUUAGAUUGUUUCCCCACAUAUCAAAAUACAUUCCUGAGAAUUAAGCAACCAGGAACCUUUUCUUUUUGCUUUGAUUCUCUGUCAUGCUGGGAUAUGAAAAAGAUGUGGGGCAACAGGUGCGAGAUGCAAAAUGCAAGCUGAUUCCAUAAAAUGUGCAUGUAAUACAAACAUGAUCCACAGGCAUCUCAAAGUAUUGUCUCCAAAAUGAAUUAAACCAAUUGUAGUCAUAAAUUGGGACAUAUCUCGGGGUUUAGCUCCUAUAGCCAUAUACAUUACAAAGUGUCCCUUUUCUGAAACCUGUAUUUAGACAAUAUGAUCUAACUAUCAGACAUCUUUUCAUAAUCCUUGUGUAUCACAUGGAAGCAUUAUAAAUAAUACUGAAACUAUCCUAUUAUUUAAAAAAAAAUGCUGUGCACUUAUAGGACCAAGAUAACUAAUCCUUGCUUCUUCAAGUAAUAUUGCUCUGGUUCUUGAUAAUAUCUAUGUAAUAUAUAUUUAUUUGUUUAGUAAGAAUGUAUACAUUCUAAAUUGUUCAACAACUAUAGACAAUCAAUAUUGUAUAUUAUAACAUACAUACACACCAGGAACCAUAAGAAGUCCAGAAGAUCUUGAACAUUUUGGUAAUUAAGGGUGGACAACUAUUGUCCAUCCUUGCAAAACACAGGGAACCUUAUGUAAUUUGCAGAUCAUAGCUAGAGCCUGGGUUUCUUAAACUUCUUUAAUUCCAUUUAUUUCCAUGAUUUUGAAGGAGAGUGGGCCUAUUGAGUGUCAUCACUCUAGAUCAUUAUAGGGGCUGUGCAGAUGCAUUGCCUAACACAUGAAGAGGAGAGCAAAACCAUGCAUAUUGGCUCUGACCCCCUACCUACAGGCAUUCAGCAUCACUUCUGAAAGAGCCUACUUAUGGACACUCUGUGCAUGCAUAAGCUCUAUGCUGAGGGAGGGGACAAGACCAAUGAUCCCAUUCCCUUGCAUAUGUGCAUUCAACCAACACUGAACAUAACAUCUGCACAGUCCUAGAGUGGUUUGGGGAUAGCCCUAUAAAUUGACCAGUUGCAAAAUGACAGAUGAAUCACUUUCUUCCAGAGGUAUUAGUGUCUGUAUUAUUUUACUACAUUUCAAAAGCUGCUUGAUCAGCCAUAUGCUUAGCAUGCCACAAUUUUUAGUUCCAAGAAGAGGCAAACUAUAUCUUACUAAGUUGAGGAACUCAUUCCCCACCAAGAUGCAUCUGGAAACCUCACUGUACAGCUUUAGGCAAAUGUUGACGAUGUACCCCUUUACCCUGGCCUUUGACACUUGAGACAUAUAUUUUAGGACCCACCAUAUUUUGUGAUUCUAGUUGUUUUUAAUUGUUUUUAACACUGUAUUUUAAGGUUGUUGUAACCAGCCUGGGACCUCUGGGUGAAGGAUGGACAAUAAAUGCUAAUAAUAAUAAUAGUAAUAAUAAUAAUAAUAAUUGCUGUUCUAAUUUCUGGACUGCCUAGUUUUCACUUUCAUUUCAAUAACAGCAAAGCAUGCAGAUUAAUUUCUGCUUAAAUAUUCUGUCUUUACUGAGUCCGUCAAAUCAAAGCUUUUGUGAAAUACUAAUUAGCCAUCAAACCGUUUUCUUUUGUAUCUCUCCAUGGAUAGAGACACACUUGUAGUUGUGCUGGCCUCAGUGCUUUUCCACCUCUGUUUUCUGAAGCCAGAGACACACAACACUAGUCAAAUUCUGCCCCUUUUUACUCCAAAACCUGGCAAAAUGCUGCUCCAGUGCAUUGCUCUGUGAAAUCAGCUUCACACAGAGAUCGUUUGGUAGAUCAACUUGUUCCCAUUCUGUGGUGUGAAAUGAAAACGCUUCACUUUAGGUAGGGCAGAGACCAGGGCCGGCACCAGAGGGCAGCCAGGUUGGGCCCUGGCCGAGGGCCCCUGCUUAGCGUAGGAGGGUAGCGCUCCCAUUCCACAAUCCACAGCAGCAUUGGCUCCUGACACUACUGCGGAUCACAGAGAAGAAGCUCCCAGGCACCCCAACCUCCCCAAUAUAGUCAGUGCAGGCUUCAAUAAGCCUGCAUGCAUGCCCCACCUACCUCUCCCAUCCCUGUAAAUGGCGUGCAUGCUGUCUGUGCAUGCCUGCCAUCAACUAAGAUGGCAACGGGGGCUUCCCUAAGGGAAGGCAGGCAUGCGCACAAAAUGCAGACAUCAUUCACAGGGACAGGAGAUGUAGGUGGGACACUCGGGCAGGCGUAUUAGCCCCACACAGCCUGUAUAGGGGGGUUGGACUAGUGCGCUGUGUGCCCAGGACAGGCUGGUGCCCAAGGGCCCAGUCAUGCCUGCACUGGCCCUGGCAGAGAUAGUGAUUGGCCCAGCGCUUUGCUGUGGGUGGUCUGAGAUUAGUAGCGGGGAAGGGAAGUAUGUCCAGCCAUGGGCAAAAGCAUUUUAAACAUGUCUUAAGCCGAAGCCAAAGAAAAUUGUCCAGCUGCUUCUGAAGCAGCUAGUGUGUCUGCAGCCCAUAUUUGGCACUACCAAGAGACACCCCAAUACAUCCUCACUGUCAGUUUCUCAGCCUCGUACCUGUCAUUACUGGAACCAAAUCACCCUUGGUUCCAGAACAAACAUGGAUAUGGGACACCUAGGAACUAUCUGCUCCAAACACCACUGCAGGUUUAUGAAUCCUUCCCAGGCCAAUUUACUAAUAAUAUUCCUCAAUAAAUGAAAUACUGACAUUUCUGCAGUGAUAUGUUGUUUUCUCAUGUCUCAUUAUUUGUUGGUUUGGGACAGGGCUGGGAUUGUAUAAACAACAGCCUGGGCAGAGGCGAUAGCAAGAAAUGGCUUUGCCAAAUUCACAGAAAAUAGGUCGGUCCUCAGUGGCUACUAUUGAUAUUAAUGAAGAAAGUACCAUCACAUUCAGUGAUAAGAUGCUGGAGACAAAACAAAGAACAGUUGCCCAUUGCCAUCCUUGCCUGGUUGUGAACUUCCCAUGGGCUCCUCAUUAGCCACUUUUAGAGACAAAACGCUACCGGGUGGAUAUUUGGUCUGAUACAGCAAGGAAAUACUCUGAUUUUAAUGGGAUAAAAGCCAUAGGAACCAGUGUUAAUAAACCCACCCCCGAAAAACUGGAGUAUUUCCACCCUUCUUUGAAAGCGCCCCAGUCUUGUGUCCCCCGAAUUUGCCUUUCUAACUGCAAAGUUUCCAAAUUGCAAGCUGGGUGUUCCCAGGCACAGAUGUCUCAAGGCUGCGAGGUAAAGGGCAUGUUACAAGAGAAAGCCUUUUGUUAUCAUUAGCCUGAUAUUUGUGAUCAGGAAGGAUUUCAGAUCAGACUAUGGGGAUCAUAGUCUGGGUCAUGGCUUAGUGGUAGAGCAUCUGCUUUACAUGCAGAAAGUCCCAGGCUCAAUCCCCGGCACCUCCAGGUAGGACUGGCAGAGAGUCCCUGCCUGAAACCCUGGACUGCUGCUGCCAGCUGGUGUCGACACUGCACUAGAUGGACCAAUGACCUAACCCAGUAUAGGGCAGUCUCUUAUGUUUCUGUCCUAAGCAUGAUCAAAGCCCACCCACCCAGUCUCUCCAAAAGAAAAAUGUGUCAGGGUGCAAGUCCAGUUUACUUAACAUCCUGUCUCUUCUAGCCUUAGCAUGUGGGAGAUAUUUCCAGGAUAGUGGUUAAAGAAAGGGUAUGUUGUUAUUUCUUGGACAGAGAACAAUUCAGGAAAUCCAUUCCUGCCCCAAGAUAGAAACUUUUCCUCAGAAAACCAGAGUCUACAAGAAGUGUGCCUGUGCUUCACAAGGCGCUGUCUUAUUUGCUUGAAAGUUAUUUUCUCCAGUGUGUGUGUGUAUGGGUGUAGAGAUUUUUCUUUCUUUCUGCAAAAUACAACUUAGCAGUCCUACAUUGCUUCAAACACUCCAUUUGUCAAAUGAGAACAGUGUUUCUUUCCCACCAUUCUGAUGUAUAAUUCUGUUUGUAAACUCUGGCCAAAUAUGACUCUGCUUGCUCCUUCUCUACAAAUCCCCCUUCCCUAUUCCCAGUGAUCAUCCUCUUUUG